AUGACGACCCUUGCCUUGCGGUCAGGCACUCUCGCGCGCUUUUCGAGAAGCGGCAUCGAAUCCAUAGCGCGACGCGCCGCCUAUCGCCCUCGCUGCCCGUCUUCACUCCCCAGAGCAGUAUUUGCGCACCAGCGCAUAAGGCUGUAUGCCAGCAAUCAGCCCGGCGAUCCGAAGGACCAAAAGGACCGCAGUGGUGGCAACAAUGCGGCCAAAGGAGAGAACAAGGCGGAGUCGGGGAAGAGCGCCACAGAUGGCAAGGGAGCCAACACCGAAUCCAAUGCCUCGAAACUUACGCCGGAGGAAGAGCAGGAGCUUGACAAGUUAGCGGAACAAGUAAAACGCGGCCUGCCCGGGCCACUGAAGAGAGAGGUUGACAAAGCGUUCGACUCGUUGAAGAAAGAAGGCUUGCCGGAGGAGAUGCGCGACAUUAUGAAGAAUGUCGCGGGUGGCGCACCGUUGGAUAUGUCGACGGUCACGAGGCUGAUCAAGCUUACAACCGAGUUGGCUCGCAAAGCCGCCCACCGCAGCGUCUACGGAGAGGAAAAGAAGGAUGAGAAACCCAGCAACAAAUCCGUGAACUUCGAACAGGAGACACCCGAGCAAAAGGCUGGCGCUCACGACCCUGGCCCAAAGCAACAUGAGAAGAAGUCGAAGGAGGGCGGCAAGAAGCCGCCACCUGGAGAUCCCUGGAACAUGGGAAGUGUGGAUCUUGGCACCAUAAUCGCGACGACAUUCUUUUCAUGGCUUCUCUACCGCCUCCUCGUACCCGGUGAGAGCUCUAGGGAGAUCUCAUGGCAAGAGUUCAGGACGACGUUCCUCGACAAGGGUUUGGUGGAAAAGAUUGUGGUUGUGGGUGGCACAAGAGCACGCGUCUACCUGCACACAGAUGCUGUCGCAUCAAUGUAUCCUGAUUCUCCUGCUGCCAACGCCAACUUCCACUACUACUUCACCCUCGGCUCCAUCGAGUCCUUUGAGCGCAGGGUAGACAAGGCACAGGAUGAGCUUGGCAUCCCCAGCUCCGAACGCAUUCCGGUCUCCUAUUCUGAUGAUGGCCCCUGGCUAGCUACCCUGCUCUCGUUCGGUCCCACGCUCCUGUUUAUUAGCGUGAUAUUUUUCCUGUCCAGGAAGGCUGGCGGUGGUGCGGGCGGCUCGAGCGGUAUCUUCGGCAUGGGCAGGAGUCGCGCCAAGAAGUUCAACCACGAGACGGACAUCAAGGUCAAGUUCGCGGAUGUCGCCGGUAUGGAUGAAGCCAAGACGGAAAUCAUGGAGUUCGUCAGCUUCCUGAAGGAGCCCAGUAUUUACCAGAAACUUGGUGCUAAGAUCCCCCGCGGCGCGAUUCUGUCCGGUCCUCCUGGUACUGGUAAGACCCUUCUGGCCAAAGCCACUGCUGGUGAAUCGCGGGUGCCCUUCUUCAGUGUCAGUGGUUCUGAAUUCGUCGAGAUGUUUGUCGGUGUUGGCCCUUCAAGAGUCCGUGAUCUGUUCGCCAACGCUCGCAAGAACACGCCCUGCAUCAUCUUCAUCGAUGAAAUCGAUGCAAUCGGAAAGUCAAGAGCCAAGCAGAGCUUCGGUGGUGGCAAUGACGAGAGAGAAAGCACGCUCAACCAGAUUCUGACCGAAAUGGACGGCUUCAACACCUCGGAGCAGGUUGUUGUCCUCGCGGGUACUAACAGGCCGGACGUUCUUGACAAGGCGCUCAUGCGUCCUGGUCGUUUCGAUAGGCAUAUUGCCAUUGACAGGCCGACGAUGGAGGGCCGGAAGCAGAUUUUCAAUGUCCACCUGAAGAAGAUUGUCACAAAGGAAGACAUUGAGUUCUUGACUGGACGCCUUGCUGCGCUGACUCCCGGCUUCGCUGGUGCCGACAUUGCCAACUGUGUCAACGAAGCUGCUCUCAUUGCUGCUCGCCACCAGGCCGAGACCGUUGCGAUGACACACUUCGAGCAAGCCAUCGAGCGUGUCAUUGGCGGUCUGGAAAAGAAGUCCAUGGUCCUGUCUCCUGAAGACAAAAAGACCGUCGCAUACCACGAAGCCGGUCACGCCAUCUGCGGUUGGUACUUCAAGUACGCCGAUCCGCUGCUGAAGGUCAGCAUCAUCCCGCGUGGCAGCGGCGCGCUCGGAUAUGCGCAGUACCUGCCGUCGGGCGACACGUACCUGAUGAACGUGAACCAGCUGGUGGACCGGAUGGCGAUGGCGCUGGGCGGGCGCGUAAGCGAAGAACUGCACUUUGAGACGGUGACGUCAGGCGCGUCGGACGACUUCAACAAAGUCACGCGCAUGGCAACAGCCAUGGUGACGAAGUGGGGCAUGAGCCGCAAGAUCGGCUACAUCUACUACGAGGACGACGGGCAGCAGCAGCUGCACAAGCCGUUCUCGGAGGAGACGGCCAAGAACAUCGACGCCGAGGUGCGGCGCAUUGUCGAGGAGGCGCACAAGCAGUGCCGCGACCUGCUGACGGCGCGCAAGAAGGAGGUCGGCAUCGUGGCCGAGGAGCUGCUGCGCAAGGAGAUGCUGACGCGCGACGACUUGGAGCGCUUGCUCGGCAAGCGUCCGUUUGACGACCCCAAGGACUUCACCAAGUACUUUGGCGGGCGCGGCGACCGCGAGGGCGCUGGCAGCGGUAUGCCGAACCCUUCUGGCCCUGGCAAGCUGCCUGAUGAUAUCCCCGACCCGGGCACCCCGACCCCGCCUGGUGGCGCUGUUGUAUAG